UACGCCAGAAGUGAGCAGCAGACCCUCGUCGGCGCAUGUCAAGCUUCUCGUUCCCAUUUCUUAGAAAUCUCGCGCUUCCUCUGCGGAGCCUAUCUCCCCGCCUUUCUCUUCCACUGCCUCGCUUAAUUUCUCUCUAUCUCCCCAGUUCUCGCCUGCGUUUCCACGGCGUGUCGACAAGGCUUAUGGCGUCUUUAGAAAGGAAGCAUCGCAUCGCGGAAAUCGCAUCCUCGAUCCGCGUCAUCCCAGACUUUCCCAAGCCGGGGGUUAUGUUUCAGGAUAUUACGACGCUGCUGCUUGAUCCCAAGGCGUUUGGGGAUGCUGUGGAGUUGUUCGUGGAGAGGUAUAGGGAUCAGCGGAUUUCUGUUGUUGCUGGUGUUGAAGCAAGAGGCUUCAUCUUUGGCCCACCCAUUGCCCUGGCUAUUGGUGCAAAGUUUGUACCUUUGAGAAAACCAAAGAAGUUACCAGGUGAAGUCAUUUCAGAAGAGUAUUUACUCGAAUAUGGUGCAGAUAAAAUUGAGAUGCAUGUUGGUGCUGUUCAGCCUACUGAUCGGGCAAUUGUAAUUGAUGAUCUUAUUGCAACGGGAGGGACCUUACGCGCAGCAGUCAAGCUACUUGAACGUGUUGGUGCGGAAGUGGUUGAAUGUGCCUGUGUCAUUGAGUUGCCAGAGCUGAAGGGUCGGGAGAAAUUAGGAGACAUUCCACUUUUUGUUCUCGUAAACGGAGCUUGACGGUAUGUUCAUUCUUCAACUUCUCCUAUUUUGAAUGCAGUUUGUGGCUUUCAGUAUUCAUCUAUAGUGAUAAGAAGUUUGUAUCUUAUGCAUUAUUACAUGUGUGAAUGCCAGAUUUAUUUUAUUUAUAUAUAUAGCAUUUCAAGUUGGUUUAUAUAU